AUGGACAAGGUGCUGGCCUUCUCCAUCCUAAGCACGUCGCCGGCGCCGGGGGCGACGUCGGCUACAGCAGGGCAAGAUAGGAAGCAGGGCGGUCUGCCGGCUGAGGCGGAGCGGCAGCCGGACAAGGGGAAAUCACAGUCGCCGCCAACGCUGCGGCCGCGGUUCGCGCCGGAGUUCGAUGGGAUCGACUGCUUCGAGACCAUCGUGUGCCACUGA